GUAAUUUUAUUGUUGAUCUUAUUGUAGGCCCUUCAACUAAUAAAAGAAAAAGAGGCGUUACACAAAUGCAAGCAGUACAUGGACAGACUAACCGUCAACAAAUACUGCUAAAUGAGUUGAACCAGUCUAUUGGUCCAACUAAACCAGUGGUCGCUGAAUUUUCUAGCUUUCUUGGCACAUUGGCAAGGAACGGGACAUUUUGUCCUCUUAAUCUCAGUUGGACAAAGUUGAAGACACACGAUGAUAUGUGGAGCUAUAUUCAGUUUCUAAGUUCUCAAUAUUUUGAUUUCUACUUGAAUAGUUUUUACAAUUUUUACACUAACCCAAUUCAACCAAAUUAUAGGAAAAAUAUGACUUUCCCAACAAUGGGAAAGAAUGGGUUAUGAGAUCAAUUGAUGCUGCAUUUAGAGGGUAAGUCCGGAUUCAAGAAAUAUCACUUUUAUGCGUACACCAAUGAUGAAAUUCGAAGGGCAAAAAGGCCUACCUCUGUUCCAGAACGUGUAUUUGAAGAUCUCCUUGAGUAUUGGAAUUCAAAAGAAGCAAAGGAUACUUCCAAGAAUAACAAAGAAAAUAUGAAAAAGUUUAAGUAUCCGCAUACUAUGGGCAAAAUAAGUUUUGCUUUAAUCGGCGAGGAAAAAAGAAGAAAAAUUCUGAUGCUAUGUCGAAUAAGGACUUCUUUGUGGCUACUAGAAGGAGGAAACCUGAUCGAGUAUAUAAGGACACAUCUAAAGAGAUUGCAAAUAAAAUAGUUGAAAUGGAGAGAAUAGAGACUCAAGAAAGUGAAGAUGGCACUCAAUCAACUGAUCCAUUCACAACAGUUAUAGGGCCUGAUCAUCCUGGUCGAGUAAGACUACUCGGAUGCGAGGUUACCAAGACUCUUUUAAAAUAGAAAACAAAUGAUUCUGGAUCCUCUUCAAAAGCUGAUGAACUAGUGGAGAAGAGUUUGGAUGAGCUAGAAGAGAGGAUGCAACAAAGAAUUAAUGUUCAAAGAGAUGCUAUUGAGAGAGAAGUUACAAUGAACAUCAUUGCACAACUUCGGCUUCUAAAUCCAGGAUUAACACUUGAUCCUAAUAUGUUAGGAUUCAAUGUUCAUUCGUCAGAUAAAGCGCUUGCAAAUCAACCAAUAAAUUGUCCAUCUAUUGGUAGUAACAAUCAAGGUCAAUUUCCAUUUCUUGAUUUGUUAGUAGUAACAAUCUGUUGGUAGAACUUCUAUUGCUUUUGAUGUGUGUCUGUUGCUGAUUAGCUGGAGAAAGUUUGGUAUUAGUAUUUUGGUAUUGUGUCCUGGUAUUAUUAGUUUGGUAUUCUGUCCUGAAAGAAUAUAAAGAUGAUCCCCCCUCUUUAAGCUUAGGCCAGCUGAGAAGUUUCUCUAAGCGGUGGUUGAUAUACCUUUUGUAUUUAAAAGGUAGAUGCUAUACUAUACAUAUCAAAUUUUUGGAGUU